AUGUCAAACUCUGGAACGCUUGUCGUCAUCGCGUGCAGCGAGCCUGACCCUCGGGUGGACCCGGCCUGCCAUUUCAAUCUCACCAGCAACACGACUCGCGUGAUCAAGACUGCCGGCGGCCGGACCGAAGGAGCUAUUUCCAGCAUACAGGAAACUGGGCAGUCGACCAAAAUUGAAAUGAUUGUCGUUGUUCAGCAUACGGGUUGCGCGUGGUCACCGGGAGAAGUAGAAAGCAACAUCAGAUGCGAUAUCCAGUCCCUCAAAGCCUCUCCAAUCAUCCAGAAGGACAUACCAAUCAUUGGCUACCUCCUCGAUCUUGCCACGGGCCAAUCGCGUGAGAUAAAUGUUCCUCGCACCGGUCCCGACGCUGAAGCCCGGCAGCGCGUGCUCAGCCAGAUGGAAGACUUUGCUCCGUUUUGGAGCUGACGUUUUUAAUAUCAAAUUUGGCGCCUUUAGGAAUCCUGUGCUCAAUUAUGAUUAGAUUAUGACUCGAAUCUCAAUGUCAU